AUGGCCCUUCCAAAUCCACCUAACGAUGCUCCGGUGAUUCUUGAAUCCGCCCCUGAUGUGCCUUCGGCUGCUGAUGCCUCUGCCUCCAAAGAAAAGAAAAGGAAGAAGAAGAAAAGGUGUGUUUUGAUGUGUUUCUCAAAUAUAGAGUUGGACAUGGAAGAGAAGGAAAAGGCUCUUGAAUAUUUGGAUAAUAACAACAAUAAAUCUUUUUUGGUGAUGUGUUUUUCCAAUGUUGUGACUUGUGGGAAUAUUGUUUAG